AUGGAGUUACCAGGGUGCAUCGCCGCCAUACUAUGCCGCACAACUCCGUUAGACGUCAUCGUUUCUAAGACCUUCCGCUCCACCGCCGAUUCCGACACUGUCUGGAAUCAUUUUCUCCUUUCUAAUUAUCAUUCCAUUGUUUUCCAGUCUCCUUCUCUUGCCAACGGUCCUUCUAAGAAAGCGCUCUAUCUCGCUCUCUCCGAUCACCCGGUCAUCAUCGAUCAGGGUAAAAGGAAGAGUGGGAAGAAGUGUCACAUGCUUGGUGCAAGAGCUCUCACCAUUGUUUGGGUGACGAUGAGCGUUACUGGCAGUGCAUCGAUAAACCUCCCAGAAUCCAGUUUCUCUGUUUAUGCAUGCUCUCAUAUUGACUUGACUGUUUGA